AUGUUCGAUUAUGUCCGUUAUUGUCAACAUUUAUCACCAGAAAUUAUAGAUCAAUUAACUCAUGAAAGAUCUUUUUAUGAACCUCGUGGUGAUCCUCUUCGACAAUUUCGUGAUUUACUUGUAGAACAAGAACUUUAUAAACUUUUUAUGUCUCAUUCUUGUUUAAGAUAUCUUGUUUUACCAAAAAUUCCUCUUUCUUAUUGUCCUGGAUUUGGAUUGUGUUUACAAAAACUUCGUGAACUUGUCUGUCGUUCAGAUCAACCAGUUGACCUUUUUUAUGGCUUGGCACAAAUUUGUAGAAGUAUACAAGGUAUAAUUGUUGAUCCAUGUAUAGAUGAUAAUGCUGGUCUUGCUGCUCUUAUUGGAUUUCAAUCAAAUUUGAAAUAUUUGGAAAUACAUGCACCUGAAGUUCGUACAGUUGAAUGUUCUUUAAUAGGUCAAGCUAUUGUAUCUCAGGCUCAUUCAUUAAUUUAUGUUCAUUUUCAAGGAUUUUUAUGUAUUCAUCCUUCAAUUCUCGCUUCUUUAUCUAAUUUAAAGACUUUGAAACUUUUUAUGUCCGGUCAUAUUACUAAUAUUCAACAAUUCGCUUCAUCAACAUUUCCGAAACUUGAAGUACUUGAUAUUUUUUGGGAUGAACAUACUCCUUUCAAUAUUUUUACAAUGCUUAUUCAAAAUACUAGAGGUUCUCUUAAACGUAUAUAUUGGAAUACAGAUUGCCCUCCUAAAGAAUCAGAAGAUAUACGAUGUUAUCUUAAUAUUCUUACACAUAAUGCAUUUUCAAAUCUUACAUUUGCUACAGUUUGGUGGACAGAAGAUGUUGAUCGAGAAUUUGAAAAUUUUUUAAAAUCAUGUUCAAAUUUACAAGCUUUAAAAGUUUGUUCAUUUCCUUUAGAUGGAAUUCCUCAAGAUAUAACAAGAUUAUUACAAUUAUUAUGUAAGAAUACACCACCUG